UGUUUACUGUUUUCAUAAAAUUUAAAAUCGUUUUCAAAUACAAUUUAUGAAAUAUUCAUAAAUUAUUAGCAAUAAAUAUAUUACUUCUCAUAAGAAAAUAUGUCGCGACUCAUAAUAAAAAAUUUGCCCAACAAGGUGACUGUGGAAAAACUCAAAACUCUAUUUGGAGAAAAGGGAGAAGUGACGGAUGUUCAGUUAAAAUAUACUAAAGAUGGCAAGUUUCGGAACUUUGGAUUCGUUGGCUACAGGACGGAAGAGCAGGCAGCAGCAGCUCGGGAACACUUCGACGGCACAUUUGUCAACAGCAUGAAAAUUAGUGUACUAGUCUGCUCAAAUCUAGGAGAUGAAAAGAAGCCCAGGGCAUGGAGCAAAUAUGCCGCAGACAGUACAGCAUAUAAACAACUCCAUAAAGAUGAAAUACAAGUGGAAAAACCCAAAAAAGAAAAAUUGACCAAGGAGCAGAGGAACAAAAACAAAAUUAAGGAGCUCUUGAAAAAGCAUAAAGGAGAUCCACUUUUUGUGGAAUUUAUUGAGGCUCAUACUAAUGAGAAGACAUCAUGGAUAAAGGAAACAUUAAAUGAGCUUGAAAAAAGUGAUGAUGACAGUGGAGUGGAGGAUGAAAAGACUGAAAACAAGCCAGAUGACGAUCAAGAAAAAAAGACAACAGAAGAAAAAACUGAAAAAGUUGCCAAUACACACAUUAGUGACUUAGAGUACAUGAAGAAGUUAAUGAAAAGAGUGGAUGGACAAGUCAAUCAGGAAGAAACACAACAACAGACAGAAGAAACAAAAGAAAAGAAGAUAAGAAAUAGGCCACUGUUCCAUGUUAAAAUUACUGGCUUACCUUUUAAAUGUAAAAAGAAAGACAUAAAAGAAUUUUUUAAACCCCUGGUACCAUACUCAAUAAGACUUCCACUUGGUAAGGGAAAGAAACUCGCUGGCUUCUGCUAUGUUGGUUUCAGAACAGAGAAAGAACUUAGUAAGGCUCUUAACAAGGACAAACUAUUUAUAGGAAAUCAUAGACUCCAUGUUCAUAAAUAUGAGGACAAGGCCAAAUUAGAAGCAGAAGAAGAGGAGAAAAAUAACACAAAAAGAAGAAAAGAGAAAACGAAUAAUGAAGAAAGCAUUGGGGAGAGUGGUAGUAUCUUUGUCAGGAAUUUGCCAUAUGUGGUGUCAGAAGUCGAAUUAACACAGUUAUUUGAAAAAUAUGGUCCACUAGCUGACGUGAAUAUGCCAAUCGAUCCAGUUCUGAGGCAACCGAAAGGGUUUGCCACAGUCACUUAUGUGAUGCCUGAGCAUGCAGUCAAAGCAUUUACGGAACUAGACGGAACCGCCUUCUGUGGCAGGAUGCUGCAUCUUUUGCCAGCCAGAACGGAAAAAUUGGAGGAAGAAGAAGGCGACGAGGGUCUUAGUUUCAAAGAGAAGAAGGCGAAGAAGUUGAGAGAGACAGCCAAGUCGUCGCACAACUGGAACGUGCUGUUUCUCGGUGCCAACGCCGUGGCUGAUGUCGUUGCCGCCACCUAUAACACCACUAAGGAGAAACUCCUCAAUGAUAAUAGCAAAACCACAAGCGCCGCUGUUAGGCUGGCACUCGGAGAAACUCAACUCGUCGCCGAAACAAAAGCAUUUCUUGAAUCUAAUGGUGUUUAUUUAGACGCAUUUAAUCGACCUGCCAAGAAACGUUCGAAAACAUGCAUACUAGUUAAGAAUUUACCAUCGGGUACAGACAAAGAAGAAAUAAGGCCGCUUUUUGCAAAGCACGGACAAAUAUCGCGGUUUCUUAUGCCUCAUCACGGAAUUACUGCAUUAGUUGAUUUCAUAGAACCAUUCGAAGCUAAAAAGGCGUUUACGAAAUUAGCAUAUUCGCAAUUUAAAUCUGCUCCACUGUAUUUGGAAUGGGCUCCAGAGAACGUUUUCUUGAAAGGGAAAGUUCCUGAGACAAUAUCUAAACAAACUGAGACUAUCGAGAGUGAAAGAGAAACAAAGUCUGUGGAAAAUGAACAUAAGAAAGAGACAACUGCGAACGUCGAAGAUAAGAAAGAGACCGCGAAAGUCAAAGAGGCAGCCAUCGAAGAAGAAAUUUAUGAACCAGAAAACGAUACAACUCUGUUUGUAAAGAAUCUUAAUUUCAAAACAACCGAAGAUUCAUUGAGAGAGCAUUUCUCUUCAUGCGGAAAAAUACACAGUGCGACUAUCGCCAAAAAGAAAGAUCCGAAAAAUCCUGGACAUUUCUUGUCCAUGGGUUAUGGAUUUGUACAAUUUUACAAGAAGAGUCACACCAACGAAGCACUGAAGAGUCUUCAAGGUAGCACACUAGAUGGCAAGUCCUUAGAGCUGAAACGCUCUGAGCGAGGAAAUUCGACUGAAGUUAAAACCGCAAAGAAGAGUACCAAAGAUUCAAUACAGAAUGGUAACAAGAUCUUAGUACGAAAUGUGCCCUUCCAAGCCAAUAAAAACGAGUUACACGAAAUAUUUAGAGCUUUUGGGGAGAUAAAAACUGUCAGACUUCCAAAGAAACUAACGACGGGAUCCGACCAGCAUCGUGGUUUCGCCUUUAUAGACUACUAUUCUAAAGCUGAUGCUAAGUCUGCGUUUGAAGCUCUGUGUCAAUCGACCCAUCUUUACGGGAGGCGCCUCGUCCUAGAGUGGGCGGACCAAGAAGAAGAGAUUGAGAAUGUUGAUUUGUUGAGGAAAAGAACAGGCGAGAGAUUCAACGCCAAGACACCCGGUGGAAAAAAAUCUAGAAAAGGCGCAGUUGAUGUUGAUAACUUUGUAGACGCUGAUGCUGUACAAUAAAAUGAUAAAAUAUAUUUU